AUGGCUAUCACCGGGGUGCUAGCCGCCUUUUCACCAUCGGUGGUGGUAUUCGGAGCUAUUCGUCUCGUGCAGGGAGUUUUUUACACAGUGAGGUAUUAUUUGUCUAAAAUCUACACAGUAGUAAAUGUAUGUCUUAAGGGAUCCGCAUUAGUGGGAUGGGUUCUGGGUUACGAGUGCACACCUGUAAAACUCCGUGUAUUUUGGAGUCUUAUGGGUCGUUGGAUAUUGCAUCGUCACACCAAUAGCCAUGUUCUCACCCAACUGGAGAUGGUUAAUCUUCUUGGUUUCUAUUCCGCAACUCAUUACUGCUAUCUUGUGUUUGAUGUGAGUCACUUCAAGCAUUUUGAUAAUGACAUAUUGGUGCCUGAAAGUCUUCACUUCCUCGCACUUGAGAAAAAGGAGCGAUUGAUAGAUCAUUGGCUUGAAAGAGCACAAGGAAGUAAGAAAACUCUCAUACAUAUCAAAGCUGGCACCGUUGUAAGCUCAUUGGAAGAAAAUCCAGAGGCUCAAAACUUAUUUGUUGAACUCUGGGCACACAAAAUCUUUUUGGUGUACACAAUGGUUCUCAUUUAUUUGUGGUAAGU